CUCAGUAAUGUGAGCUCUUGUGUUUAUUUCAGGCAUUUGGAGAGAUUCGUUCACAGAGCCUUUUGAAAGAUGCUCCGCACCUUAAAGUUUUUGUGGAUUUGGAUAAUUAUUCCCCAAAUUGCUGCACUGGAAUUUAAAUACCACAAUACAAAGGAACUGGAGUCGUUUUUACGAGAUAUCAACACGAACUACUCAUCAAUUACCCACCUCUACAGUGUCGGGACAUCUGUAACUGGUCUUAAUCUCUGGGUUCUGGCCAUUGGAAAAUAUCCAAAAGACCAUACUGUAGGCAUUCCAGAUGUGAAGUACAUUGGGAAUAUCCAUGGUGAUGAGGUUGUGGGCAGAGAAAUCCUGCUCCACUUGAUUGAAUACCUGGUUGGAAUGUAUGAUAAAGAUACCAUGAUAACCAAUCUAAUAAACAAUGCUCGGAUUCACAUCAUGCCAUCCAUGAACCCAGAUGGAUUUGAAAUCACUCAACGUGAAAAACCAGAUUGCUCUUCAUCUGAAGGCAGAUACAAUAAAAGGAAAGUUGAUUUGAAUAGAAACUUCCCUGCUGCCUUUGAAAAUAACACUUUAUUACUAGAAAGGGAAACCUGUGCAAUAAUGGAUUGGAUUGAAAAAAAUGCGGCACGAUUUGAACCAGAAACCAGAGCAAUAAUGAGGUGGAUAAUGAAUGAAACCUUUGUUCUAUCUACAAGUUUGCAUGGAGGGGCUCUUGUAGCCAGUUAUCCAUAUGACAACAUACAAACAGCCUUAGAUUACUCUGGCUACAGCAGGUGUCCUGAUGAUGAUGUCUUUGUGCAUCUUGCGAAGAAUUAUUCUUACAGCCAUGCCUCCAUGUACUAUGGGGAUGAAUGUGAAACCACCCCAAAUUUCAAGGAUGGAAUUACCAAUGGAGCUGAUUGGUAUUAUUUUUCAGGUGGAAUGCAAGACUUCAACUAUAUUUGGGGACAAUGCUUUGAGCUAACUAUAGAGAUGUCAUGUUGUAAAAAUCCACCAGUAUCCUAUUUACAGGAAUACUGGAAUGACAAUAAAGAAUCCCUGAUUAAUCUCCUCAAACUUGUUCAUCUUGGUAUAAAAGGUCAAGUCCUGAACGUGGAUGGUACUCCUAUAAAAAAUGCAAAAGUAGAGAUUCAAGGCAGAAAAAACAAAUACCCUUUUCGAACUAAUGAAUGGGGUGAAUAUUACAGACUCCUGUUACCUGGAUUAUAUACUGUGAAUGUUACUGUGCCAGGAGUUGGAUCAAAUAUAACUGAGUUGCAGGUUUUGAAUAACCUGCAAAAUUUCUCUGCAAUGGUCUUUGACGUUCACUUCAACAUUCCAGCCAAAGGCUCGUCAUCUUCGAAUGUUGCUCUACAAGACUUUGGCACUGCAAGCGGAUUACAGCAAAACAUAAUUUUGUUGCUCUUAAUUGUAACGUUCUCUGUUUUAAUUUGUUAAAUAAUGGAGAGAGAUGUUCUGAUGCUAUAAGUAUAACCUGCAGCCAAAUCCUGUUGCAAACACAUCUUGUGAGACUUAGCAUGACAAUCAAACCAAAUCAGAACUGAUGACUUUUGAAUGUUUAUUUUAAAAUAGUGGUAAAAUCAACUUUAAUCUAAAAGAUUGAAAUUCUGGAAUUGUAAGUAUUGUCACAGAUUUAUCAUGUUAAUGACCUUUCAAUUGCAUUGUGAAAUCCAGAUACUGAGGAAGUUCUCAGCACCUUAACCCAAGUUACCAGUAUUAUAAAAGGUAAAGACAAUCAACACUCAUAGCAGUUCCCAUAUGUAUCUGAUUUGAUAUGUUUCACAACGUGGAACAUAAGAAACAAAAGCAGAUGUUGGUCUUUCAACCAUAUGUUAUUCUAACAUAUAUUUGUAAACUUUACUAUUAAUGUUUGAAGUCAUGGCUGAGGUGCUUUGUUGAAUUUGGGCAUCUUUUAUAUUUAACACUGGGCUAUUAUGUUAAGAGUUUACUUUACCAUGAAGCAUUUCACCAACUUUAUUAAAAUAUUGAAGAGUUACAUUGGUUUACACAAAAUUUACUUUGAAUCUAUAGCACAGAAACAGGCCAUUUGGCACAACAAUAAGAUCUAGAAGCAGAAGUUGGCCAUUCAGCACAUUAAGUCUGUUCCGCCAUUCAAUGAGAUCAUGGCUGAUCUGAUAACUCUCAACUCCACCCUCCUGCCUUUUCCACAUAACCAUUAAUUCCUCUUUCUGAUUAAAAAUCUAUCUCAGCCUUGAAUGUACUAAUGACCCAGCCUCGACAGCGCUCUAUGGUCAGUAUAUCCACAGAUUCUCCACCCUCUAAGAGAAGAAAUUACUCAUCCUCUAUCUUCAAAGGGUAAUGUUUAUUCUGAGAUUGUGCCUUACAGAUAUUAAACUAAACUUUGUUGGGUUAGUUGAAAUUAAAUGAGAAGGAAAAAAUAUAUGAACCCUGAUGAUGAUCUAAUGAUUAGAAAGGUCAUUGUGUUUGCUGAAGCAAUGUGUGUGUUUAGAUUUUAAAUUCUGUACUGGGAGUGAACUGUCAGUGUGUCUUGGAAAGGCUCGUUUUGAAAUGGACACUGCUGAAAAGGAGAAACCAGAGAACUCUAAGCAGUUAAGCACAACAAUGCCUCUUCUUCCUCAGGAGGUAAAGGAACUUUGGCAUGUCCAUAAGGACUCUCACCAACUUUUCCAGGUGCACCAUAGAAAGCAUUCUAUCUGGAUGCAUCACAGCUUGGUACAGUAACUGCUCUGCCCAGGACUGUAAGAAGCUACAGAGAGUAGUGAACACAGCCCAGACCAUCACACAAACCAACCUCUCAUCCACAGACUCUAUCUACACCUCUCAUUGCCUUGGAAAGGCAGCCAGCAUCAUCAAAGACUCCUCCCACCCCAGUUAUAAUCUCUUCCAACCUCUUCCAUCAGGUAGAAGAUACAAAAGCUUAACCACAUGUACCAACAGUUUCUUCUCCACUGUUAUUAGAUUUCUCAACAGAUUUCUCAAAAUUCAACUUGGCAAAAGUGAGUACUGCAGUUGCUGGAAAUCAGAGUCUAGAUCAGAGUGGUGCUGGAAAAGCACAGCAGGUCAGGCAGCAUCUGAGG